CGUUUUGUAAGCACUGUCAAAUUACAUUGUAUCAUAGCAUCAAGGCGGGAAGAGAUAUUCUUCUGAUAUUGUAAAUAUGAUCAAACAGUUGACCUAACUUCCCAACAAAACACCCGCAACUUUUAUCGCAAUUCAAGUUAAUAUAUAAUGGACUAUCCGUCUUCACCUCCUGUAUAUCAGUCCCUCUUUCCUGAUAAAUCUGGAAACAAACUGAAUUCAAAUGAAGUAGUUGGAUCUACGCGAAUAGACUCAGAAGAUUUGGAUAAGUCUAAUUCCAGUGGAAACGGGUUAGAUACAGAAAAAAAGCCGAACCCUACAUAUACAGUUGAAGAUGCUGUGGAGUCAGCUGGUUUUGGAAGGUUUCAAUUGAAGCUUUUCGUUUUAUGUGGAGCCAUAUCGGCUGCAGAUGCAAUGGAAAUGCUACUGCUUUCAGUACUUGGUCCAGCAUUACGAUGUUAUUGGCUUCUGUCAUCAGGGCAAGUCGCUGCCAUAACUACGGUUGUUUUUGCCGGGUUUUUAUUUGGAGCUCCUUUGUGGGGUUUUAUCGCAGAUAGAUUUGGUCGUUGGCCGACUUUAUUGAUUGUUUUAUCAAUGAUAACUUACUUCGGUAUCAUCACAAGUUGUGCCCCCACUUAUAUUUGGGUUAUAAUAUUAAGACUUCUGGUUGGAUUCGCUAUUGGUGGUGGAAAUAGCAGCUUCACGUUAUUCUCCGAAUUUCUGACCGUUAAGCAUCGGGCCAAAGUUCUGUUAGCUUUCAAUAUAUUCUGGGCUUUUGGAAGCACAUUUGAAGUCGGUUUGGCAUACCUUAUUCUACCAAGAUUUGGCUGGCGAUGGCUGGUAUUUGUUUCAGCCUUACCACUAUUGAUUUUCUUAUUUUUAUUGAGGUUUCUGCCUGAGUCUCCAAGAUAUCUUGUUGGUGCCGGAAAAACUGAAGAAGCUGAACGUAUCAUUGCAGAUUUGUUCCGUACAAAUCGAGUUGUUCCCCUUAGUGGUACUCUUGUAUCAUCCACUGUACCUAUACGAGAUAGAGGUAGCAUAAAAGGAAUGUUUGGGAAAACCUAUUUGGUAACUACAUUAAUGUUGCCAAUUAUAUGGUUCAGUGCAGCAUUUGUUUAUUAUGGCGUCGUUCUGAUAAGUGCUGAAAUAUUUCGCUUCAAGCACUCUUGUUUUGGUAAACCUGUUCUAACACCAGAUUAUCGUGGUAACCUGAGCCAUUUUAACGUCGCACCACUUGUAGAAACUUCGAGCCAAAUGGUCAACUUUUGUUGUAAAGAGUUGUCUGAUGAUGAUUAUGUGGCUAUGCUAGUCUCUUCAAUUGGUGAAUUUGUCAGUAUACCAUUGAUGAUUCUCAUGGUCGACUUAGCUGGAAGAAAGGUUACUUUGGCUACGUGGAAUGGACUUAUAGCUGUUCUGUUUAUGUUACUUUAUCUUUGUAUGCCUAAAUCAGCCUUAACGGCUCUAUUGUUUGUUUUGCGCGCUUUGUCUGCCGGUUUAUUCAGUCUUGCAUACGUUUACACAACAGAGGUCUAUCCUACAACUGUUCGUGCAGUAGCUGUCGGGAUGUUCAGUUCGAUUGCCCGAUUGGGUGCAAUGGUCACACCUUAUGUAGCUCAAGUAAUGAUGCCAGAAGUAUCGGAAAUUGGAGCUUUAUCUUUAUAUGCCUCUGUAACCCUGGUAGUCUCAAUUGUAUCCCUUUUCCUACCAAUAGAAACAAAAGGGCGUCAGCUACCUAAUUCUGUAGAUGCGCCAUCGACUUCUUCGAUUCCAACUAGAAAUCCACCACCCAUCGCUUCUCCAAAGACCAGGAAUGUAUCAUCUGAAAUCUCGAAGUAAAUCAUUUAUAUUACUCAAGGUCAUUGUAAUGUUCGCUGCUUUGGGAUUAUAACAUAUAUGUAUUCACUUGUCUUUCUUAUAUUUUCAUCAUAAUACUCACUAAUAUUUAUUUAUUUAUUUAUUUAUUUAUUUAUUUGGAUUUGUGUGUUUUCACGAGGUAAAUAGAGUACAUAAAAGAUAUUACUUUUUUCUCGUUAUUCUGUCGCUACACUAACAUUGUAACUGUCGGGUCGAAUAAAGCCAACAUUAGACAUGCAAUAAAUAAAACAAUGUUGGAAAUCAACUAAAAUGUUUUAUGUUUGCCUUCUAUUUUUGUAUUACAUGUGUCGUUGUUACAUUUUUUUAGCACCUCAGGCCCGUUGUGAUAUGUGUAUGUAAAAACAAUAAAAAAUAAAUCAUCACUUGUAUGGUUAUGUAACUUUAGAUGUAAUGUCCUGUUUGCAUCUUUUCUUCUACCUUCUUUUUUUCCUUUCCUUUGUGUUUUGGACUUCUGUGGAUGAAAUCACUAAAUACUAUGACUACAAUGUGUACUUUUGUACUUCUAUGGAUGUAGAAUAAAAGUGUCCCACUAUGA